GACGGCGGCGGCCUGAGAGACCCCCCGCCUGCAGACUCCCCGGUUCUUCUCCUCUCGCGGGGGCGGCGGCAGCGACAGCCACCCCCGGCGCGCGGGCCUCGUCCCCCCCCAGCUUGCUGGAUGCUCCAGGGCUCUGUCUCUGAGGGGGGCCGCGGUGCCAGCAGCCCCCGCUGUGGCUGGGCCAUGGGGGAGGAGAGCAGCAGGGCGCGGAGCCCCCUUCCCUGCUGAGAAGGCCCCUCGUCCUGGCACCGAUGCUGCGCUGUCCCCUCACACCCGGCCCCUAAGAGACUACCCCCCCCGCCACCUCUUUUUCCCCGCCUUACCCUCCUCAUGCCAGACGGAGCCCCUCGCCUCGGAGACGCCCUGCAGCAGCCCCGCCGGCCCGGGGGUCUGCGGCUGCCCCCGCGGUAUGAGAGGAGCUGCCCCCGCCGCCGGGGGCAGCCAGGAGAGGGGCAGGCUCCCACCCCGCCGCCGGUCGCCGUGAGGCGGCUGUAGCUGCCUCGGCUGGAGGAAGAGCCUCUUUGUUUUCCCUCCCUCCUUCCUGGGGGCUUCAUGCCCCGCUGAGGGAUGAUGGAGGUGGUGGGGGACUUUGAGUACAGCAAGAAGGACCUGAUAGGACACGGAGCCUUUGCUGUGGUCUUCAAAGGUCGCCACCGCAAGAAAACUGAUUGGGAAGUAGCCAUAAAGAGUAUUAACAAAAAGAACUUGUCAAAGUCACAAAUCCUGCUUGGAAAAGAAAUAAAAAUCUUAAAGGAGCUUCAGCAUGAGAAUAUCGUAGCUCUCUAUGAUGUCCAGGAAAUGCCCAAUUCUGUCUUUUUGGUAAUGGAGUACUGCAAUGGUGGGGACUUGGCAGAUUACUUACAAGCUAAAGGAACUCUGAGUGAAGACACCAUCAGAGUGUUCCUGCAGCAGAUUGCAGCAGCCAUGCGUAUUCUGCACAGCAAAGGAAUCAUUCAUCGAGACCUUAAGCCACAGAAUAUUUUGUUGUCUUACGCCAGCCGGCGGAAGUCGAGUGUCAGCGGCAUCCGCAUCAAAAUAGCUGACUUUGGUUUUGCUCGUUAUCUGCAUAGCAACAUGAUGGCUGCAACUCUCUGUGGUUCCCCUAUGUAUAUGGCCCCUGAGGUGAUUAUGUCUCAACACUAUGAUGCCAAAGCAGACCUGUGGAGCAUAGGAACUGUGAUUUAUCAGUGUCUCGUUGGAAAACCACCUUUUCAGGCCAAUAGUCCUCAAGAUUUGAGAAUGUUUUACGAAAAGAACAGGAAUUUGAUUCCUAGCAUUCCUAGGGAAACAUCAGCUUAUCUGGCUGACCUGCUGUUGGGUUUGCUUCAGAGAAACCAAAAAGAUAGAAUGGACUUUGAAGCAUUUUUCAACCACCCUUUCCUGGAUCAGAUUUCAACAGUCAAAAAGUCUUGUCCUGUACCAGUGCCCACAUAUGCUGGCUCAGUCUCUGGCAGUUCCUGUGGUAGCUCUCCUUCAUGCCGUUUCGCUUCUCCUCCAUCUCUGCCAGACAUGCAGCACAUUCAAGAAGAAAAUUUGUCUUCUCCACCAUUGGGUCCUCCUAACUAUCUUCAGGUCUCUAAAGACUCUGCCAGUACCAGUAGUAAGAACUCCUCUUGUGACACAGAUGACUUUGUUCUUGUCCCACACAAUAUCUCUUCAGACCACUCAUAUGAUAUGCCAUUGGGAGCAGCUGGCAGGCGGGCUUCCAGCGAGUUCCUGAUGUGCGGAGGGCAGUCACCGUUAACUAUUUCUGGAAGCUCAGGAACUGUACAGAAACCACCCUCAGCCUCUUCUCGAAGCACUGCUUCUGGUACAGCUAACAGGCAUUGUCAGCCUUCGGUUUCCCCCCGCAGUGAAACUGCUCCUAUCCCAGUUCCCACUCAGCUCCGGAACUACCAGCGCAUAGAACAGAACCUGUCCUCCACUGCCAGCCCCGUGUCAAACCCCCACGGAUCACCAAGAGCUGGAGUUGUGAGACGCUCCAAUACCAGCCCCAUGGGCUUCAUGAAGAUGGGCUCCUGUUCCCCAGUGCCAGCUGACACUGCGCAGGCUGUUGGGCGCAGGCUAUCCACAGGAUCUUCUAGACCAUAUUCUCCCUCACCACUAGUUGGAACCAUACCUGAGCAGCUUGGGCACUGUUGUUGUGGACAACUUCAAGGACAUGAAUCAAGGAAUAGAAACUUCUCAGGUUCUCCGAUACCACCGUCUCAGUCUCCACAGUCUCUGUUGAUGGGAGCAAGGCUGCAGAGUGCUCCUACUCUGACAGAUAUUUACCAAAACAAACAGAAGCUCAGAAAGCAGCAUUCAGACCCAGUUUGUCCAUCCUAUGCUGGGUAUGGAUACAGUCAUUCUCCACAACCAAGCAGGCCAGGCAGCUUGGGAACGUCACCUACCAAGCACAUGGGAUCGUCACCUAGGAGCUCAGACUGGCUGUUCAAAACUCCAUUGCCAACCAUCAUUGGCUCUCCUACUAAGGCAACAGCUCCUUUCAAAAUACCCAAAACUCAAGCGUCCUCCAACUUGCUGGCUCUGGCUAAUCGUCAGGGCUCAGCAGAUGCCUCACUUCAGCCUAAGGACAUCACUGACCCGAGGGAUUUCACACACUUCCACUCCACCCAGGGAGGUGAAAAGCAGGCAGGAGAACAGCACAGUAAAACUACAUUUGGCAGGUCUGUUAGUACUGGGAAGCUCUCAGAUCAACAGGUUAAAACCACUCUUGGUGGCCAAAUGUAUCAAGGCAGUACAGACAGCCUCAAUACAGAGCGACCAAUGGAUACAGCUCCAGCAGGGGCCUAUGGAAUUGCAAUGGCAGCCCCUUCCAUAGGAAGUGGGCCAAGUUCUCGGGCUGUCAUGUUUACUGUUGGGUCCCCUCCAAGCAGCGCCACCCCUCCUACCUGCACCCAUAUGGUCCUCAGAACAAGAACCACCUCAGUUGGAUCAAACAGUUCUGGAGGGUCUCUCUGCUCCACUAGUGGCCGUGUGUAUAUGGGUUCUCCUCCUGGUAUCUACAUGGGCUCUUCUCCUCCGGGAGCCGAGGCAGCUCCAAAUCUGAAGUACAUGCCUUAUGGUACUUCACCUCCCAGCUUAGAAGGCUUUAUCACUUUUGAAGCUCCUGAAUUGCCUGAGGAAACUUUAAUGGAGAGAGAACAUACAGAUACACUGCGUCACCUAAACAUGAUGCUGACGUUUACAGAAUGUGUCCUGGAUCUGACAGCAGUGCGAGGAGGAAACCCAGACCUGUGUACUUCUGCAGUCUCACUGUACCAAAUCCAGGAGAGCAUAGUUGUGGAUCAGAUCAGCCAGCUAAGCAAAGAAUGGGGACAAGUAGAGCAGCUGGUGCUGUACAUGAAAGCUGCCCAGUUACUAGCAUCUUCUCUGCAUCUUGCCAAAGCCCAGGUCAAAUCGGGGAAGCUGAACCCAUCCACUGCUGUUAAGCAAGUUGUGAAAAGCCUCAAUGAAAGGUACAAAUUCUGUAUCAGCAUGUGCAAGAAAUUGACAGAAAAGCUGAAUCGCUUCUUUUCGGACAAGCAGAGGUUCAUCGAUGAAAUCAACAGUGUGACUGCAGAGAAGCUCAUCUACAGCUGUGCUGUAGAAAUGGUUCAGUCAGCAGCCCUGGAUGAGAUGUUUCAGCAGACCGAAGAUAUCACAUAUCGAUACCACAAAGCCGCCUUGCUGCUGGAGGGGCUGACUAAAAUCCUGCAAGACCCUGCAGAUAUAGAGAAUGUACACAAGUAUAAAUCCAGCAUCGAGCGAAGGCUUUCUGCACUUUGCUAUAGCACCGUGGCUGUUUAUGAGCAGUAGGAAUCGCCUGAGGACCAGAUGGUGUGAACAUAAGGGACCACAUCAGUGAUACUGCACUUUUUUUUCACUACAGCUUAAUUGUUGUCUUUGUUCUGCCCCACGUGGAAGAUGAUUCUUACAUUUCUGUGGUGACUACCAAAGAAACAGCAGCAUAUUCAAAGAGGAGAAAUUCCAAAAGUACAUUUGCCUUACCGAGCCAGCAGCUCCUUUUUCGUCCUAGCAACAGAAUUUAAAAGAAUCUCUCUGCACAUUUCAAACUGAUCCUUUUCUCUCUGCUUUGACCUUGAAUCAUCAGGGUUGGGGUUUUUCCUCGUGAGAGAGGAUUAUUAAGAGUGGAUCUUUCUGCAUCAGGUACUAAAAGACAUUUCCCUCCCCUUCAAAAGCUUGUGAAAAAUGUUUUAAAGUUUCAGUGAAAAUGUGGCAGAGUGAAGCUGGGAAACUCUUAACGACGUGCAAGUGCUGUUGGAAGCUUUUGGGGCAAAGCUGGCUUGUGUUGGAGUUCACAUGUUGUGAAGAUGGCUCAGCUUGUCACAUGAAGGGAUGGCAAGAGAGCGCUCUUUACACAGCAGGGAGAGAUGGUCAUGGAAGAAAUUGCUCUCCAUCUGUGCAAAAUCCCCAGUGGCUUUUCAGCUGAUGUGGAUACAAUUUGAUGAUCUUCUUCCAAAAUAUUUUCUUUUGCACUAAUUUACUAAAGCAACUGUACAUUCAUUAUUGAAGAACUAUAUAUACAAAAAAAGAGAGAAAGAAGGCACAAUGGACUUGGCUAAAUUUUAUUUCAGUGUACAUAAAAUUCUUUUCAGAAUUUCAAAUGUAGCUUCUAGAAGGACUUUCGAACCAACUGUACAAAAAAAAACCACCACAAAAAACAAAACUUGUAUUCAUGUGAACCUUUCCAUUUUAUACCUGUUUGUCUAAUACUUGAGUAACUACUGCUCUGGACUCUCAGUAAUAGCAAUGUUGAGUUGCUGGUUGUUUGCUUUUUAUAUAGAUUGGGUUGCAUCUUCUGUUGUGCAUGCAGUAUGUGCAUUAAUGCCUGCAGUCUCUUAAGGGUGUAAUGACAGUUCUCUGUAGUUUUGUUUUUUGGGCAGUAUUACAAAAAAUACUGUAAACUGAAAGGUUCUGCAAGGAACCAUGCAAAUCCAGAAAAUAAUGCUGGGAUUUGAGAUGCCAAUACGUUGGUGUGGAGUAUCUACAUAGAGUGUGUGGGAAAAAAAACAAAACACCAAACCAGGAUUAUUUUGCUUGCAUUUUUGGGGGAGAGGUGGGAAGCUUCAUUUAGCCUUAUAGGCACCAUCAUUUCAAGCAUGCCAUGAGAUCAUCAGGACAGUGAUAUGCAGAGUAUUUAGGCGGAUCAGGGGAUCUAGUAGAUGUCUGUAAAUAUCUGAGGGCUGGGGGUCAGGAAGGAAGGGAUGGAGACAGCCUCUGCUCAGUUAUGCCCUGUGAUAGGACAAGGGGCAUUGGAUAUAAACUACAGCACAGAAAGUUCCACCUCAACAUGAGGAAGAACUUCUUGACUGUAAGUGUCAGAGCACUGGCACAGGCUCCUCAGAGAGGUUGUGGAGUCUCCUUCUCUGGGGACUUUCAAGUCCUGUCUGGAUGUGUUCCUCUGUGACCUGUGCUAGAUUCUGUGGUCCUGCUCUGGCAGGGGGGUUCGACCUGAAGAUCUCCAGAGAUCCCUUCCAACCCCUAACAUCCUGCUAAAUUCUGUGGUCCUGCUCUGGCAGAGGGGUUGGACACAAAGAUCUCCAGAGGUCCAUUUCAACCCCUAACAUCCUGCUAGAUUGUAUGGUCCUGUUCUGGCAGGGGGGUUGGAUGCAAAGAUCUCCAGAGGUCCCUUCCAAACCCCUAACACCCUGUGAUCAGCUUCUCUGGAAAUGGUUCCUAUAUUUUAUUUUUGGGACUUUUUUGUUUGUUUGUUGUUGUUUUAUUACUCAACUGCUCGAAUACUUGAAUAAACCAUUCUCCGGGACAAAAUAAAACCCAAAUCAUUUUAAUCCUUUUAAACACAGUGGUCUGAACUAUUUGACAAGGUUGUACAGGGCUUACACAUCAACAAAAACUAUGAUCUGAGUGUUGGGAUAACCCUGUGUUUCCUUUCCUUUGACAAGAGUAAUGUACUUUUUACCUUAUUUAUCUGUCUGAGAUUCCAAGGGUUAAUUUGCAAGUGUUUGUUUUUACAAUGUUUGUAUUUUUAGGUCUUUAAUACGGUGUUUCUACCUCUCCUUUGUAAUUGCAUGCAUCAUUCUUGAAACUAGCUAAUAACUCACUCAGCUGUUGCGUAAUAGCCUUUUUAUUAUGGCCUGUAUAAAUGUAUAUUAAGGUAAAAAUAAAUACUGACACCAGAAGUGUUUCUAUGGUAAAA